AUGGUGGGACUUGGGGCUGUGGUGACAGCUGUCGUUGCUGGUGUGGCGCAUGGAUGCUCGCGGGCUUACUAUGAGGACGGCACCGGCCACUUCUACACCGGGCGUACCAUGGAUUGGCAGGAGCCAACCAAGGCCAAAGUUUGGGCAUUUCCGAAGGGCAUGAAGAGGGACGGGGGCGUCGGUGCCGGUUCGCUUGAGUGGACCUCCAAGUGGAAUUCCGUGGUGACAUCCUUCUACGACGUGGGGUCCGUGGAUGGCAUCAACGAGAAGGGUUUGGUUGGCAGCCUUCUAUACUUGGUCGAGACUGAUUACGGGUCCGAGAAGCGUGGCGAUCAGAAGAAGGUGUCCAUGGGCGCCUGGCUGCAGUACGUUGUGGACAGCUUUGCCACCGUUCCAGAAGCCGUCGCAGCCCUGCAGGCGGAUGACAUUAACAUCAUCGCCCCGACUCUUCCCAGUGGAGACUCUGCCAGUGGACACCUCGCCAUUUCUGAUGCAGCCAAUGGCUCUGCAAUCUUUGAGUACAUAGCUGGCCGCCUGGUCAUCCACAACGGUUCCCAAUAUAAAGUGAUGACCAACUCGCCUCCAUACGAUCAGCAGCUAGCGCUGACGGCAUACUGGCAGGAGAUUGGUGGGAGCACCUUCCUCCCAGGAACGUAUCGAGCGGCCGACCGCUUCGCACGUUUGAGCUACAUCCUUCAUUCGGUUCCCAAGGUGAACACAUCCGAGUUGGCUGUGGCGACCGUCUUCUCCCUGGUGCGAGAAGUCUCCGUGCCCCUGGGGCUGAUGGACCCGCGCCACCCGAAUUUGGCCUCGACGCGGUGGCGCAGCGUCACCGACCACACCGCUCGGCGCUACUUCUUCGAGUCCACGACGCAUCCCAGCGUCUUCUGGGUGGACUUGAAGAGCGUCGACUUCACAGGAGGAGCGAAGCGCCUGCCCUGGCCAGAGGAGGACUUGGCUGGAGAUGUCUCAAGCAAGUUUGCGCCCGCCGAGCCCUUUCCGUUCCUCCGCCCGGGCAUUGAGAGAUUCCAGCCGUCGCUGGAGUUCGUCAACUGGGCCGGGGGAGGAGUACUUAACAAGGGCGUGGUAGGAGAGGUGGACAUGAAAGCCUACGAAAUGCAGAAGCAGCUGCGAAUCACCAUCGACUUCGCCCGAAGGGUCCUGUCGGCGGCGCAGCUGGAGCAAUCCAUUGGCAAGGCCAGCGCCCUUGCCAACGAAACGGUGGGUAAGAGCGCCGAGUAUCUGAACUUGCCAGGCUUCCCUCCCGCGGGGCUUUGGCGGCCACCGCCGCCCAAAGGCUUCGGCGAGCGCCCCUCCGACAUGGCCCCAGCUUUCCUGGACUUCCUCUACCAGGCGCCUCCUGAAAGUUGGAGUGUUUUUUGA